AGUCGACAUGUCGAUUAAUUAUUAUUGACAGUCUGUCUCUACGACCUUCCAUUCAGCCGUAUCGACACCAUGGCGGCUGCGUUGAAGCGAUCCACCUUGAGGCUGGGUAUGAUCCCUGCUGAUGGGAUAGGCAAGGAAGUCUUACCGGCCGCUCAACGAGUGCUCGAAGCUCUCGGUUCAGCUAUACCCAGAGUCGAGUUCGUGCCGCUGCUUGCGGGCUGGGAAGAAUUCAACAAGAAUGGUAAAGCAUUACCUGAAGCCACCAUUGAGACGCUGAAGAUCGAAUGCGAUGCUGCAAUGUUCGGAUCUGUCUCUUCUCCAUCACACAAAGUCCCGGGGUACAGCUCACCUAUCGUCGCGCUUCGCAAACAUUUGGACCUCUAUGCGAAUAUCAGGCCGGUGAAGAGUGUUCAGGGUGUAGAUGGGAAACCGGUGGACAUGGUCAUCGUCAGGGAGAAUACAGAGUGCUUGUAUAUCAAAAAGGAGGAGAUUCACGAUAAUGCCGAUGGAUCAAAGGUCGCCUAUGCCACGAGACAAAUCACUUCCUACGCUUCGUCAAGGAUCGGAAGAAUGGCGUACGAGUUGGCACUACGUCGUCAAGCUGAGCGCGAGGCGGGAGCCAGCUCGUCAGUUCACCACUCUCAACCCAAAGUCACGAUCGUGCACAAAUCCAACGUCUUGAGCGUUACGGAUGGUCUCUUCAGAGAGACUGUUCGUGCUGUGAGCCAGGAAGACAAAUACAAGAGUGUCAAGACAGAGGAGCAGCUUGUCGAUUCAAUGGUCUACAGAAUGUUUAGAGAGCCAGAAAUCUUCGAUGUUUCCGUCGCACCAAACCUGUAUGGCGAUAUCAUCUCGGAUGGCGCAGCCGCUCUCGUCGGAUCCCUUGGAGUCGUACCGUCCGUCAAUGCAGGUGACAACUUUGUCAUGGGAGAGCCGGUACACGGGUCUGCACCUGAUAUCGAAGGGAAAGGUAUCGCCAACCCUAUCGCCUCUAUCCGCUCGGCUGCUUUGCUCCUGUCUCAUUUGGGGUACACCGAUGCAGCUGCAAAGAUCGAUACGGCUGUAGACAACGUCUUGCGAGAGGGCAAGUAUCGUACGCCGGAUUUGCACGGAAAAUCCACAACCGAAGAGGUGACCAAUGCCAUUCUCAAAGCCUUGUAGGUAGGUAGGAAGGAAGAGCGAUUUAAAGUGCCAUUGUGUCCUGGAGUUUCCCUAUAGAUCUGCUCCUCGCUA